UGCAGAUAAACCCCUGAUACACUCAUACCCAAACAACACAGAUGCCAAGAUGUCACCCAAAUAUCAUCUGGUGGUCCUUUUCCAAAAAAACAAAAAAAGGACCAGUGAGUGUAGAUAGAAUGUAGAUGUACUGAGUGUACUACUCUAGAGUCUUCACAGUUAAUAGUCAUUAGUUACACUAAUUCACUAAAUAGACUAACCGCCUAAGGGAGAACGAGGUGCUGGAUGUACACAGUAUAAUGUUUUCCUUCAUGGGAGAUGAGGAAACUAGUGAUCCUGCUGCUAGGCGCUCGCUCUUUCUCUCCCGCCUGAAUUAGCAGCGCGCGUGUGACGUAGCGCGCGCGUCCGCCGAGCCACAGCGGCGCGGAGGAUGGAAAGGAGCUCUCUUCACCAAAAGCUCUCGUAGUGCCACACGAAGCCAUGUCUUCGACUAACAGUUUCCCGAAUUUGGCGAGUAUCGGCGACUGGGAGCCUCUCAUCGCUGCCAUUCCCGCCACCAAAGUUGAGCUGACGGUGUCGUGCAGAAAUCUACUAGACAGAGACACUUUCUCCAAAUCUGAUCCAAUUUGUGUGCUUUACACUCAAACGGUGGCGAGCAGGGAGUGGAGAGAGUUUGGGAGAACAGAGGCCAUCAGUAAUACCCUGAACCCAGACUUUGUUCGAAAAUUCAUCCUCGAUUACUUUUUUGAAGAGAGGCAGAAUCUACGCUUUGACCUGUACGACCUCGACUCAAAGAGUGAAAAUCUGUCCAAACAUGACUUCCUGGGCCAGAUGUACUGUACUCUUGGAGAGGUGGUUGGCUCCCCAGGUAGUCGUAUGGAGAGAACACUCAUGGGCAUCCCUGGUAAAAAUUGUGGGACAAUCAUUGUUAAAGCAGAGGAACUUGGAAAUUGUCGGGAAUCAGCAUUGCUGCAAUUUUGUGGAAACAACCUGGAUAAGAAGGACUUUUUCGGCAAGUCAGACCCAUUCCUUGUCUUCUCGCGCAGCAAUGAAGAUGGAACAUACACCAUAUGCCACAAGACUGAAGUGGUAAAGAACACACUGGACCCUGUGUGGCAGGCCUUUAAAAUCCCAGUUAGAGCACUUUGCAAUGGAGACUAUGACAGAGCAAUAAAGAUUGAGGUGUAUGACUGGGACAGAGAUGGAGGGCAUGACUACAUUGGAGAGUUCAAGACCAGCUAUAGGGAACUGUCCAAAGGCCAGGCUCAGUUCAGUGUUUGGGAGGUAUUAAACAUGAAGAAAAAGAAAAAGAAGAAGAAGAAAUACCUCAAUUCAGGAACUGUGACUCUGCUGUCAUGCCUCAUAGAUGUUGAAGUCACCUUUUUGGACUAUAUUAAAGGAGGUACUCAGAUUAAUUUCACGGUGGCAAUCGAUUUUACCGCAUCAAAUGGAAACCCAUCCCAGCCUACCUCUCUUCACUACAUGAACCCAUACCAGCUCAAUGCCUAUGCCAUGGCUUUGAAAGCUGUGGGCGAGAUCAUUCAGGACUAUGACAGUGAUAAGAUGUUUCCUGCACUGGGGUUUGGAGCAAAGCUGCCGCCUGAUGGCAGGGUAUCGCAUGAGUUUGCCUUGAAUGGGAACCCAGAAAACCCAUACUGCAGCGGUAUUGAAGGAGUAAUAGAGGCAUAUUACCAGAGUCUGAAGAGUGUACGUCUCUACGGUCCCACAUAUUUCUCACCCAUUAUUAAUCAUGUUGCAAGAUAUGCAUCAUUAAUAAAGGAUGGCUCAGAGUACUUCAUCCUCCUCAUCAUUUCAGAUGGAGUCAUCUCUGACAUGGCACAGACCAAGGAAUCCAUUGUAAAUGCUUCCUGUCUUCCAAUGUCAAUAAUAAUAGUGGGAGUUGGAUCAGCUGAAUUUGAUGAAAUGGUUGAAUUGGAUGGAGAUGAAGUCAGGAUCUCCUCAAGAGGAAGGUUUGCAGAGAGAGAUAUUGUACAGUUUGUUCCUUUCCGAGACUACAUUGACCCAAGAGGGAAUCACAUCCUCAGCAUGGCCCGUCUGGCCAAAGAUGUCCUGGCUGAAAUUCCAGACCAGUUCCUAUACUACAUGAGAACCAGAGGCAUCAAACCGAGCUUGACGCCUUCUGCUUACUCUUCCAAACCACUGACAGCACUGUCGCACUCUGCAGAGUCAUUACAGACGCAGAUCUGAAGAGGACCAUGGUGGCGCACUGAGUACUGGGUUUGCUGCACUUGGUCGAGUAUUAGGUCAUACAACAACUGAGUUAGGGAGCCAACAGAGACUUCUACUUCAAAGCCUGAAUACAGCAAUUAAUAACAUUGCUCUCAUAUAUGAGUUUGAUAAUGUGAGAGAGGUUUAUUUCUAGCUAAAACGAUCAUCAUUAUAUGCCUCAUCCUUUUUGUGUUUUAUUUCGAACGACUAGCUGAGCUAUGAGCAAAAUGUUUACAGUGUUUGUGAUUUAUACAAGCAGAUAAUUAUAUACCUCAUGCAUACUGAAGUAGCUGAAACUUUUUGUAAUGUAUCACAAAAUUGGUUGUGCUAACUUCCUAUUUAAAGGAGAGUGAACAUGUUUCGAAGAUAGUGUUCAGUCUCUUCAGUCUGUAUUACUAACCAUUCUGGUUUCUUCCACGCCACUGCCACACUGUGUUUCUGAACAAGUCUUAGAGCUGCUGGAAAGACAGGCCUUAUUCUUGGUUACACAAUAAUUAGUAACAUUUUACUAUACAGUUCCUUAAUUAAAGUCCUUACUAACAUAGCAGUAAGUAAUCAAGUCUUACCAUAGUAAUUCUUCAAUAAGUACUAAUACUACUAAUACCACUAAUACUACUGUACUACUAAGUGUAUGUAUGGUGUAUAAACAUGUAAAGUGUAAUGAUUUAGUAAGUAAUAUUAAAUUACUAUGCUGACACCAUUAUGGUUUUGUCAGCAUAGUAAGUUGAUAUUAGUUACUAAAUCAUUACACUUCAGUCAACGUAGUAGUUUAUUACAGUGAUUAGUAAUUAUCGAAAAACUGCUAUGAUCGCUCUUGAUUACUUACUGCUAAGUUAGUGUGUAGUAAAUAAGGUAUUAAAUAAGGAACUAGAUAAUGCUAGCCAGGAAUUAACUGUAGCUAUAGAAGCAUGUAAUUGCAUGCACUUUUAAUGUAUACGAGUAUACUGAACUGUUAUGAGGUUGAUGUGCUGUAUGGAACUUAGGUGCUGUUGAGCAAGCACUUUAUGAUUGUGAAAAAUUAGAGCACAAUUUAGUAUUUAAUUUUCAUUUUAACUGAAUCAGGUUCACUUUUGAUUUUUGUAGGUUCAAGUGUACUCUUCAUUAACAAACGUCAUUUUUAUUCUCCAUUCAGAUACCGUCUGGGGUCAUGAAACAAAACAAGACUAAUAGGUUCAAUGUUUAUUGAUUGAUUUGAAUAUUUAGUAAAUACACAUUAAAGGGGAAAGGUGUAGUUUUGAUUAAAAAAAUAACUUCUCCCCAAUACGUAAAUGAUUUUAUAUAAUGAUUUUUCCCCACGCAAAGCCAGGGAACUCAGAACUUCAUCUAUUCAACAUGACAAGAUGCCACUUUAAAAUGUACACCCACACAUGCUGGCUCACAUACUGUAUUAUCCUUAUAAAACAUGCACAAACUGCAUCAAAGCUUAAAACCUGUCCUAAAAAAAUGGCUUUUCCCCAUCCAUUGAUCACAUCUUUCUGAGGUAUGAUACAACUCAUGCAAUUCCAAGCUCUAUUAUGGCGCUGUCUUUGUUUUUGAGUAAUCAAUAUUGGUAAACCAAGACAGAAUUCCACUAUGAAAGACAGAAAAACAUUUCCUCACACCAUACCUAUUGGUUGAAUAAUGCAUGAAAUACCAGUAUGUCAGUGGAAAGGAAAUGAAUUUGAGAUAAAUAUAAAGAACUCUGGUAAGUCUACAUAUUAAAAAAAGAAGGAAAGGAAUGAAUGAAGGGAGUAAACAGAAAAAUGUGAAUAGAUGGUAGAAAUGUUCAGAGCCCAUCUGGUAAAGCUUUGGAUUACUACAUGCAUAAGUGACUGAUACAGUGAUAACACACAUUGUACUAAAUUGUCUCAGGUUGGAAUGUCUUUUGCUGAUUGCAAUAACAGUAAAUAUGCUAAUCUUGUUCAGUUUGACAUGUGCACUGGUUGUGUAUGGAUGCCUCAUUUGAGAUUUCAGGUUUUCUGUCAUAGGAUUUUGUCUCCAGAGCACAAAAAUAAUUACUAUAAUACUGUAGCAUUUACCUGGGAAUUUUUUUUUUUUCUUCAUUAAUUUGUGAUCAUUCAAAAAAAAUGUAAUACCACUACUGCUUGUUGAAUAAUGUAUUUCAUCAUUCCAUCAUACUUAUUACUGUUGCAUGCAUCAUAUUCGCAUGUGCAUUGCGUUGAAAAGUGAUGAACCUUUUGUAUUUAUCUCAUAUUUUUAUACCCACUAUUUUUACAAUAUCUUAGCGUUUGCCUUAAUAUAUCACCAAAUUGUUGGAUUUAGGCCAUGCCUUCACUGUAUGUUUGUUGACUGCGUAUAUAUUCUUUGAACAAUAUUUGCUUUAAGAUACAAUUUACUUAUAGUAUAGUUGCAUGAUCCCAGCAAAAUUAAGCUGGCCAGUGUCUAAAACAGUGACUGGCUGUCCGAUACAAAAACGCGCAUAGUAUUUAAUAAAUUGAUGUUACUUAUUUCAUAAUUAUUUGCAUCUGUAAUUAAAAAUGGAAAUGUAGCAUAUGUAAUAGUAUAUAGAAUAUUUAGUCUGUGGUCUAUAAGAUUUCAUAUCACUGACUAGAAAAUCGAGGUAAUUACUGUCUUCAACAGUUUUAAUUUCCUAUCAGUCGGGAAACACACACACACACACACACACACA